CCCAGCGGGGACGCGUUGAAUUAUAGAUGAAAGGGCGGCAGAAAUGCAGAUCGGGCACCAAACGCAGGAGCUCGAGUCCGAGCGCGCGCGACGCCGAUCCGAGCCGCGGUCCGAGUCCAGCUGAGCAGAGCGUUCCUCUCCCCCCCGACCCCACCGCCGUCCGCCGCCCCCGCAGAGGAAAUGCGUCCCGAGGGCCGCCGGGUCCAGUGAAUCCGCGCGCAGAAGCCCCCGGUUCGCAGAAUCCACGCGCACCGCCGCCCGACGCCGCCGCGCUACGAUGCUCGCGCUCCACAGAGACGGGACCCCGGCUGCGCUCGCGCUCCUGCUGGCGCCGCUGCUGCACGCGCUGGUGGCCUCGGCGCGAGCAGCGCACGGAGGGUCCUUCAGCGGUCACGUCCUGGUCCAGAUGCACGAGGGUCCGGAGGACGAAGCCCACCGCGUGGCGGCGGAGCACGGGUUCGACAGCGCGCGCAAGGUCUCCUUCGGCGAGAACCUGUACCACUUCUACCCGCGGGAUGGUGCGCAAGCCCGAAGGCGACGCAGCGCCCAACGCAGGAAGCGCUUGGAGAAGGACCACAGGGUGAAGAACGUGUUCCGUCAGGAAGGAUUUCGCCGCACGAAGAGGGGCUACCGGGACAUCAACGAGAUCGACGCCAAUAUGAACGACCCCCUGUUUACCAAGCAGUGGUAUCUGAUAAACACGGGCCAAGCAGACGGCACUCCGGGACUGGAUCUCAACGUGGCGGAGGCGUGGGAACUGGGAUUCACCGGCAAAGGAGUUACCAUAGCGAUCAUGGACGACGGUAUCGACUACCUGCACCCGGACCUCGCCUCAAACUAUAACGCCGAGUCCAGUUACGACUUCAGCAGCAACGACCCGUACCCAUACCCCCGCUACACAGAUGACUGGUUUAACAGCCACGGGACCAGGUGCGCUGGCGAAGUUUCUGCUGCUGCAAACAACAACAUCUGCGGUGUGGGCGUGGCGUACAAGUCCAAGGUUGCAGGCAUCCGCAUGCUCGACCAGCCGUUCAUGACAGAUAUCAUCGAAGCGUCCUCCAUCAGCCACAUGCCCCAGGUGAUCGACAUCUACAGUGCCAGCUGGGGACCCACCGAUGAUGGCAAGACGGUGGACGGCCCACGGGAGCUCACCCUCCAGGCCAUGGCUGAUGGAGUCAACAAGGGUCGCGGCGGUAAGGGCAGCAUCUUCGUGUGGGCGUCGGGCGACGGCGGCAGCUACGACGACUGCAACUGCGACGGCUACGCCUCCAGCAUGUGGACCAUCUCCAUCAACUCGGCCAUCAACGACGGACGCACGGCACUCUACGACGAGAGCUGCUCCUCAACGCUGGCGUCCACCUUCAGCAACGGCAGGAAGAGGAACCCGGAGGCAGGAGUGGCCACCACGGAUCUGUACGGGAACUGCACGCUGCGCCAUUCGGGGACCUCAGCGGCUGCGCCGGAGGCUGCCGGGGUCUUUGCUCUGGCACUGGAGGCCAACCCCGCCCUGACGUGGAGAGACAUGCAACACCUGGCCGUCCUCACCUCCAAGAGGAACCAGCUGCACGAUGAGGUGCACCAGUGGCGCCGCAACGGCGUGGGCCUGGAGUUCAACCACCUUUUUGGCUACGGCGUGCUGGACGCCGGCGGCAUGGUCAAGAUGGCCAAAGAGUGGAAAACCGUACCUGAACGCUUCCACUGCGUAGCCGGCACCGUGCAGGAGACACACCACAUCGAGUCCGGCGACAGGCUCCGCCUGGCCAUCCGCACGGACGCCUGCGAGGGCAAGGAGAACUUUGUGCGCUACCUGGAGCACGUGCAGGCGGUGAUCACGGUCAACGCCAGCCGCCGCGGCGACCUCACCAUCAACAUGACCUCGCCGAUGGGAACCAAGUCGAUCCUGCUGAGCCGGCGACCGCGCGACGACGACGCCAAGGUGGGCUUCGACAAGUGGCCCUUCAUGACCACCCACACGUGGGGCGAGGACCCCCGCGGCAGCUGGCUGCUGGAGGUGGGCUUCCAAGGUGAGGCCUCGCAGAAGGGUGUCCUCAAGGAGUGGACCCUGAUGCUGCACGGAACGCAGAGCGCCCCCUACAUCGACCAGGUGGUCCGCGACUACCAGUCCAAAUUGGCCAUGUCCAAAAAGGAGGAGCUGGAGGACGAACUGGACGAAGCGGUGGAGAGGAGCCUCAAAACCCUGCUGAGUAAAAACUAGCUGCCUGCAUGUGACCGCCCCGCCCACGCUCCGCCUAUGCCCCGCCCACGCUCCGCCCAGCCCUCCCGCAAAGCCCCUCCCCCACACCCAGUCAAACUCGCAGCCUGCAAGCUCUCUUCUGUGUUCGUUAGCCCCGUUUCCAUGAAUGUUUCCUGUAAGCAGAUUAUAACGGUGUCAUUUCUGAUCUGUUCUAUAUCUCUAUAAAAUAAAAAAAAAUACUUGUUUUCUGUUCUUUUUUUUUUUAUUUUUACACUUGCCGCCAUCUAUAUAUAUGUAGAUUAUAUGAACUAUAUCAUGUUUUAUGUAUUAGCCUCCCUGGUCCUUCUCAGAUGAAAAACCCUGCUGUACAGUUUGUGACUGUAAAUGAUUUUCUGUGUUAUUCUCCUUAAAGUUUAA